CGACUCGCGACAGUAGAAGUGAUACAGAUCCUACGAAUAAGACUGACUCCGAAUCUUUGAUAUAAAAUAUUGUAGUAUUACAUCAUGGCUAAUAUGAAAAUGAUCGUGUUCCUGAUUCUGGGAGUUGCAGCAAUUGCAGCAGCUUAUCCAUAUGAACAUGGAGAAGAUCAUAACCAUCGCCAUGGAACCCAUGAUGGACAUGACCAACAUGAAGGAUUCAGUGGAUCGCAUGGAGGAUAUAAUGGACCACAUGAUGAACGUCAUGGUGGACAUGGCGGACACCAGGGUAGUCAUCACGGUGGCUACAAAGAACAUGGAUACUAAAUGUAACAAUCUCAAAAUUGUAUUUUCUUAAUAAAGGAAAAUUAGAAUACCUCAAU